AUGAGGUAUCUAAUCUCAUUUUGUGUGACACUACUGCUGCUGAAUAAUGUUGCUUUCAACAGCCUCACCAAUGAUCCUUGUUUCAACUAUCAGUAUCUGGAUCGUCCCUGGAGAGCCACAAAUGAAAGUGGAACAUUCAUUUUUGAGGAAUAGUUCUCCUGGAAUGGCUGGUACCGACUUUUCUACAAUGGAAUGGACAUCCGAAUGCCAGAGACCUGCGUUAAUUUGUACAGCUGUAAUGGAUUCUACAGUCUGUGGCUCAAUGGUCCUCAUCCUAAGAUAGAAGAUGGAGUGGUGACCAUGGGCAUCUGUGGGACUGGUGAUGCAGGCUGCUGUGAAUUUGUCAGUUUACCCAUCAGGGACAAAGCCUGUCCAGGCAAUUACUAUGUGUAUGAAUUUGUAAAUCAAUCCUGGUGUUCAAGUUACUGUAUAGAUGUCAGCACCAUAUCACCAACAGCUUCCAUUACAACUUCAGCUGUGACCGCAUUCGACAAGACUUUGCCUGUAACCGACACAGAUGAUGACCCAUGCUAUGACCACAGCAUUCUUGACGACCAAAAAAGAAGCCCAAAUGAUUUCUUUUUUCAUCAUAAUACCAUAUAUGGAUAUGAUGACAUUCAUGUUGAAUGGGAUGGCUGGUAUCGACUCCUCAUUAAUGGAUCGAGUGCUCAGAUGCCUGAGUGGUGUUUCAGUUACAUGUCAUGUGGAGGUUAUAGUUCACUCUGGCUUGGUGGCCCUCAUCCUCAGCUAGAAGAUGGAGUUGUUACUCGUGAAGUCUACGGCUCUGAUUACGAAGAGUGCAGUUACUACAGAUCCAACCCCAUCCAAGUCAAAGCUUGUCCUGGAAAUUACUAUGUCUACAAACUUAUAAGGCCAAAUCGAAUGAUCCCAGCCCCUGCAUAUUGUGCAGUGGUUCUCACCAGUCCACCAAGUUUUGACCCCUGCUACAGUUAUAACAGUCGGGAUGAGCCAUGGAGGGCAAAUACUAUACCUGUGACUAAUUUCAGUAAUGCAAGAUGUGAUUAUGAUGUCAACUGGAACGGCUGGUACAGGCUGUUCUACAAUGGUCAGAGUGUCCAGAUGCCAGAUUCAUGUGUCAGUAGUGGCAUGUGUGGCACUAAUUCCCCACUCUGGCUCAAUGGCCCUCACCCACAGCUGGCAGAUGGAGUAGUCACACGACAAGUGUGCGCUUCCACAUGGAAUGACUGCUGUGGUUACAAAUCUCCUCCCAUACGAGUCAAAGGUUGUCCAGGAAACUAUUAUGUGUAUGAGUUUGUCAGACCACUAUACUGUUCAGCUUACUGUGCAGCGUUUCUCAUUAGUCCUGUUGUUCUCCUCUUCGGUGAAGGAGACUCCUGUCAUGAGCUCAACUGCACUGAGAAUGAACGGUGUGAAGAGAAACAUGGUGUUUACGGCUGUUCCUGCAAGGAAAAUCAUCACAGACCUCAGCAUGACUCCUUUGAUUUAAUUAAAACCUGUGAAAGCAGCUCUGGCUCCAUGUCUCUGUCUCGCUGUCAGCUCUUUGAGGCUGGUUUUCCUUCUGACAUUUUACACCUCAAUGACCCCAGCUGCAGAGGAACAGUCUGGAACGACAGAGUGGAGUUCUAUUUUGACAACAAUGACCACAUCUGUGGCACAAAUCUUGUGGCCAAUAGCACCCACUUAAUCUAUGAGAACUUUAUUGUGGGGGAGCCAAACUUAGUUGGGCAUCACAUCAGCAGGGAAAGAAUUCUCAAGCUUCCUUUCAGCUGUGUUUACUUACAAACCCAAAUACUCUCCACAGACAUCAAUCCUCUGGAGAAUGUGCACAUGAACCUUCCUGCUGCUCAAGGGACAUAUCAGGUCAGGAUGAUUUCAUAUCAGGAUGCUGAAUUCUCCCACCCCUUCACUGGUAGUGUGAACGCAGAGCUGAAUGAACACAUAUUUGUGGAAGUUCGUGUUGAUGGAGUUGACAGCCGUCAGUUUGCCUCAGUGAUUGACACGUGUUGGGCUACACCUGUGAAUGAUCCUCAUUACCCUCUCCGCUGGGACCUCAUUGUUGACAUGUGUCCCAGUCCAAAUGACAAAGCGGAGCUUCUGCAGAAUGGUGUUUCCACAUCCAGCCGUUUCUCCUUCAGCAUGUUUAUCUUCAUUGCAAACUCCACAAAGAUUUACCUGCACUGUGCUAUUCACCUUUGCCUUCUAACAGACAAUAACUGCUCAGUUCACUGUGACUCUGAACACCACCACAGAGAGGGCAGAUCUCUGGACUUCCACGACAGUACUUCUAUAUCCGUGGGUCCUUUGAUGUGGUCUAACGGUAACAAAGGUGUGCAGGUGUCCAGGGCUCCAACUCUGUGUGCUUCUCUGAUGAUGUUACUCAUUUCUAUGAUAAGUGUUCUAAUAUUCUUCUAG